CCCGAUCGCUCCUCUCAGCCACCGUCUGCAGUGAGCCGGACCUCGCUGCUGCUGCACGCGAGCCUCGACGCCCUUGUCCUCUGCCACGACGGUCUCUCUUCGACUGGCUUCGACCGGACCAUACGCUCUAUGGCAGAGAGCCCACCCUCUCACCGAGAGCGCAAGUCUCGCAUGAACCUCUUCUAUUCUCCGGAGCGUUCCUCGCCUCGUUCUCAGUCCAUUCUCACCAGGUCUUCUACGCCUUCACCGAAUGGCUCUCAUUCCGACAUCUCCGCUGUAACCGAACCUGGACGGCCUCCUAUCAUCCUUGGCAUAUGUGCCAUGGACAUCAAGGCACGCUCGAAGGCCAUGCGGGAGAUCCUCACUCGCCUGGUAGAGAGGGCGAGGGGCGUCAUAGAGGUCAAGGUCUUUGGUGACAAAGUCAUUCUCGACGAAGAUGUCGAGAAUUGGCCUAGAUGCGAUGUCCUCAUUUCGUUCUUUUCCACGGAUUUCCCACUGGACAAGGCCAUCCAAUACGUGAAAUUGCGGAGGCCGUUCUGCAUAAACGAUCUCCCACCCCAAGCCCUGUUGUGGGACAGACGAUUGGUCGGUGCGGUGCUGGAUCACUUGAAGGUGCCGACGCCUCAGCGCCUGGAGGUGUCUCGCGAUGGUGGCCCAAAGGUGGACGAAGAGUUACGCCAGGUGAUGAAGCAGAAGAUAGGCAUACAGCUCAGUGGCUUCCAGGUGACGCCUGAGGUCAGCCUGAGCGAGGACGGGGAUGCAAUCAUCAUCGACGGUCAGGUGAUGGAGAAGCCCUUCGUCGAAAAGCCCGUCAGCGGUGAAGACCACAACGUGUACAUCUACUUCAGGGGUGGUGGGGGUCGCCGACUGUUUAGAAAGGUCGGCAACAAAUCCAGCGAAUUGGAUCCCAAUCUGAACUUCCCCCGGACCGACGGCUCGUACAUUUAUGAGCAGUUCGUGGACGUGGACAACUCGGAAGAUAUCAAGGUCUACACUGUCGGUAAGGACUAUACGCAUGCGGAAACUCGCAAGUCGCCGGUGGUCGAUGGUGUUGUUCGACGUAAUACAGACGGCAAAGAAAUUAGAUUCAUAACCCAUCUAAGCGAUGAAGAGAAGAAGUGGGCCGCGCGCAUCAGCGAGGGCUUUGGGCAAACUGUAUGCGGUUUCGACAUGCUCAGGUGUGACAACGGCAGAACUAGUCAAGUCAUUGACGUCAAUGGCUGGAGUUUCGUCAAGGGUAAUGAGUCUUACUAUGACAAGGCCGCCGAAAUGCUCGCCGGGAUAUGUGUCCAUGCUAGCGCUUCCGUCGAGCGUCCGCUCUCCGCCACCGAGGGGCCCGUGGAAGAGUCUCCGACCUGGCUUCUCAAGGCCAAUGUGACUGUGUUUCGUCAUGCCGACCGAACGCCCAAGCAGAAAUUAAAGUUCAGCUUCCCCAUCGACGAGCCGUGGACACAGCCGUUCGUCCGCCUACUGAACGGCGAGAAGGAGGAGAUUAUUCUCCGAGAGCGUUCCCAGUUAAGCCACAUCCAGACAGCAGUCGAGGAGGCGAAAGGCCUAGGAGCUAGCGGCGAGGAUUUAGCAAAGCUAACGCAGUUAAGCAAUGCACUGAUCAGCAAGAUCGAGUUGCCUGGGACGAAAGCGCAGCUCAAGCCCGUGUAUUCUAAGAAGCAGGCCGGGCACUCGAGGAAGCUGACAAAGUUGACCUUGGUCUUCAAGUGGGGUGGCGAGUUCACGCACUCGGCAAGGUACCAAUCUCGCGAUCUGGGCGAGAACAUGAAGAAGGACAUCUCGAUCAUGAACAAGGACGUUCUCAAGAACGUUAAGAUAUAUACAUCUUCAGAGCGUCGUGUCGUCGCCUCCGCCGAAAUCUUCGCCACAGCUCUCUUCGAAAACAAUAAGGAUCCGUAUGCUUCUCAUCAGAGCGGCAGCUCGCGCACGUCGCAAGAUGGUAGGGAUGGCGUCAGCGGUUCUGCGCUAAGCCCGACCGCCGGGAGCGGCUUCCGUCCAAGCACACCCCGGCGCGAUGGCUCUCAGUCUAAUGCACCGAAGGCGCCGAAGCUGAUCGUCCGCAAGGACCUCUUGGACGAUUCGAACGCAGCUAAGGACCUCAUGGACGAUGUAAAGAAACGCCUCAAAAUCCUGUUGCGCCCAGGCGAGCCGGAGAAGCGGCCGGAGUUGACUUGGCCGAAGAGUCUGAAGAAGGAGCCAGUCGAGGUUGUCAAGGAGGUAAUCGACCUUCUGAGGCAUUUCCGCGAGGUUAUGCAUCGGAAUUGGGAAACGCUGGAUGUCGACAAGAUACAAGAGCGAUGGUGCUGUGGGGACGAGCCCUGGCUUUUCCGCGAGCGAUGGGAAAAGCUGUUUGAAGACUUCUGCGACGUUAAGCAGGAGAAAUUUGACCCGUCGCGCGUGUCGGAGCUCUAUGACACGAUUAAGUAUUGUGCCCUGCACCACCGGACGUUCCUGUUCUCCAUAUUCAGCGAGAACGGGCAACCAAGCUCGCAGCUCCGUGAUCGGCAAUUGCACGAGCUGUACGGACGCGCCAAAGCGCUGUUCGACCUCGUGGCGCCGCAAGAGUAUGGCAUUGAGCCGGAAGAGAAGGAGGAGAUCGGGGUGCUCACGUCGCUGCCGCUGCUACGCAACGUCGUCGAGGACCUCGAGAAUGCACGCAACAACGAGGAGUGUACUCUCACACUCUACUUCACAAAGGAGAGCCACAUUCACACGCUCGUGAACCUCGUUCUCCUCUCUGGGCUCCCCAUCGCGAACCGGCGGAUCCCCGAGCUCGACUACUGCUCCCACAUAACGUUCGAGCUGUACGAGCGCAACCACGGGCGCGGGAAGUCCGACAAGGAGUACUCCAUCCGGCUCUCGCUAAGCGAGGGCGCGCACUCGUCGAACGUCCUUGACUCUGCGCUAGACGCACGCCACUCGCUCAACGUGCAGCCGCGCAGGAAAUUGACGCAGCACAUACCCUACAGUCUCGUCAUCGAGAAGCUCUCCAAGCACUUCCACAGGCACAUUGGCGACGACGACACGGGGCCGGACGAGCCGUUCGAGACGAUCGAUGCGCUGAGCGCACCGGUGGCGAACCAGAGCCCCGCGGACGAUCCCUAGCAAUCACAGACAUGGGCGCACCUCAUCCCCCUCCCGCCCUCGCCGCCGUCGACCGCGACCUCCUGGCCGACCGUCCCGUCCCGGUCCGUGUCCGUGUCUGCGUCUGUGUUGACGCGUGAGGCGCGGGUGCCACUGUGCUUGCCUGGAGUAUGUUUCUCUAGAUUAUCGUGCAUGAACGUUGGGGGCUUGAUGCAGUAGAGCUGACGCUCUUCGUCUCGGCUGGGUUGGUUUGUGAUGACUUUGCAUGAG